AUGUAGAACUAGAUGGCAGAGGAGAUAAGAUGAGCGUGCCAAGUCAGUUCAAACAGGAGAAGGUCAAUUCUGGGUAAAGUUGUAUCCUUUGGGUACCAGGCACAGGCCUUAUAUCAAAAUGCUCUCUGCAGUAAAGUAAAUGAUGUGUUGUGUAAAUUGUUGAUGUGAUUCGUCAAAAGGAAGAACACUGUCCGAACUGUUUGCCUCUUCUCUGUGUGUGUUUGGUAUUCUCAGGUAUGAGUUCCAUGCCAAGCAUCCUGUCCCCCCCUCUGAGUGGCACCUACCAGGAGGGCGAUGUGGUCUCUCUGUCCUGUAAUGCCAGCGGGCACCCCCUCCCAGUCAUACGCUGGUACAACGCUGACGGACCCAUCGCCACCCACCCCGCCCUGCUCCUCCUGCCCCUGCAGGCCCAAGCCAGGACCCCUGGUGACAGCCCACCCCACCUCACUAUGUCCCGGCCUGGGAGCAGUUCCCUCUACAUCCAGGCUGUCACUCGGGCCCAUGCUGGCACGUACAUCUGCCAGGCCUCCAAUGAGCUGGGCUCCGUCCGGGCUGAGGCUGUCCUCUCUGUGGAGCCUCCCAUGGGCUCCACCACAGGUGUGUUCUCGGAGGCUUCUCCUUCCAUCCACCCCAUCCAGAGCGACGAGGGAGAUGAGCUCCUCCUGUCUGAGGAGGAAGUCCUGGAGGACAGCAUGGCCCCGCCCACAGAGAGGACCAGGGACCGGCCCCCCCCGGAGGCGCCCAUCAUCCUCAGCCCUCCCCAGACCCACAAGCCCGACCUGUAUGACCUGGAGUGGAGACCAGGGCGGGACUGGGGAAACCCGAUUAAUGCCUACUUUGUCAAAUACCGCAAGGUCGAUGACGUGACAAACGUAGCAGGCAGCUGGCACACUGUCCGUGUCCCUGGCAGCGAGAAGACGCUUCGCCUGACAGAGCUGGAGUCUUCCAGUCUGUACGAGGUGCUGAUGGUAGCCCGCAGUGCCGCAGGCGAAGGACAGCAAGCCAUGCUCACCUUCCGCACUGGAAAAGAAAAAAGCACUUCCUCCAGUAAGAACCCCUCCAAGGCUCCGGUCGUGUCCCAGCCUGUUAAAGUUCCGGAAGACAAAACCUCCAACACACACUUCGGAGUGGUCAUACAUGACAGAGUACCUGAGGCCCCAGAUCGCCCCACUAUCUCCAUGGCGACAGAGAGUUCUGUAUACGUCACAUGGAUCCCAAGGGCCAAUGGGGGCUCUCCUAUCACGGCGUUCUGCGUGGAGUACCGGAGAGGCCGCAGUGCAGACUGGAUCGUUGCUGCCGACAACAUCUCCCCUCUCAAGCUGUCUGUUGAGGUCCGCAGCCUUGAGCCUGGCUCCACCUUCCGGUUCCGUGUCAAGGCUAUGAACAUGUUUGGGGCGAGUCCUCACAGCAUCCCCUCCAAGCCCUACCAGGUGUCUCCUGGCAGCCCCCCCUUCUCUGACAGGCCCGUGGCCGGACCUCACAUCUCCUCCACCGACGCCGUCAGCGACACACAGAUCAUGCUGCGCUGGACUUACACACCCUCCAGUAACAACAACACCCCCAUCCAAGGCUUCUAUAUCUACUAUCGGCCCACAGACAGUGACAAUGACAGUGACUACAAGCGGGAUGUGGUUGAUGGUAACCAACAGUGGCAUCUAAUUGGGCAUCUCCAGUCAGAAACCUCCUACGACAUCAAGAUGCAGUGUUUUAACAAUGGGGGGGAGAGCGAAUACAGCAAUGUCAUGAUCUGUGAGACCAAAGCACGCCAGCCCCCAGGGGUCCCCAGCCAGGCCCCCAUCACCAUGCCCCCCUACCCCCUGGACCCCCCCAGCGCCCCGGGUGGCCUGCUCUACCUGAUUGUAGGCUGCGUUCUGGGGGUGAUGGUGCUCAUCCUUUUGGUAUUCAUCGCCAUGUGCCUGUGGAGGAAUCGCCAGCAGAACAGCAUGCACAAAUACGACCCCCCGGGCUACCUGUACCAGCCGGCAGAGAUGAAUGGCCACGUUCUGGAGUACACCACUCUGCCGGGCACCAGUCGCAUCAACGGGGGCGUCCACGGGGGCUACGGGCACAAUGGGCCCAUGCUUCCCCAAGGCUGUCAUCACCUCCACCACAAGCUGCCAAACGGCCUGGCACUGCUGAACGGCUCGGUGGGCAUGUACCCGCCGGGCCACCCGCACAGCCACGAUGGCACCCUCCCCCGGAACACGAUGGAGUACGAGCACUCACACCCUCACCACCGUCAUAAUGGUGGAGGGAUGUACACAGCGCUGGCCCAGACAGACUCGUCUGACUGCAUGAGCUGCCAGAACUUCUGCAACAACAACAGCAGAUGUUACACCAAGACCAACGGCACCUUCUCCGGCGGCACUCUGCCUCUAAUGCACCGCGUGGCCCCGUGCCAGCAGGACAGCCUGGAGAUGGUGCCCCUGGGCCAGGCCUCGUCGCAUUGCCAGCGCCCUGACAGCCAGCAGCUGCUCCCUGGGGACGCGGACCCAGACCCGGAGGCAGGGGAGCAGCCGGCGGAGGACAGGGCCUCGUCCCACUCGCUGUCCCAGCUCUCCUGCUGUCAGGUCGGGGUGCACGAGACCAGCUCCAGAGAGAACACAGUGGAGGAGAAUCCUCAGUGUGUGGACUCGGAUGGGCCUGUGGUCUGCUGGGAGAGCCUGGGCCUGAGCCUGCCUGACUUGGACUGUAAGGAGAAGAGAGGAUGGAUCUCCAACAGCAGUCUGGCCGGAGAUCUCAUCCAGCCCAGCCCACAGGAGACCUGAACACAUUAGAGUUUGAGCAGACACACACACAAAGACGCUCUCUUGCACACACACACACACACACACACAAUCACAAACGCUCCCACGGAGCGGUCGAAAAACAAGGGAGACAGACAAAGAGAUCAAAGGAGGGGAAAAUGCGUUCUUUGGGAAAAGAAGAUUUUGAGCUGGCAUGGCCAGAGACACUGUGUGACAUGGUGACAAGGACACUAAACUGGCUGUGGACUAAGCUGGGACAACCAGCAUGGAGAGACAGAGAGAGAGGGAGAGACAGAACGCCACACGGAGAACGGAAAAGCAGAUGGAGGGAAGUGAGACAGAGAGAGAACAAGACUCAAAACCGAAACUUUAAUCCAACGAAGGGGGGACCCUUAAAAAAGAUUUUAAAAACUCUUUAGAUUACUUAUUUAUUUUUUUGUAGUAGAAAAAUAUUAUUUCAUAUGAAUGUAUCUGUUUUAAGAAAAAAGUUUGUCUUUUAUAUUAUUUAUGCCUUCUGGAUGAGAAAUGCCUUUUAUUUUUUUGUUGUUUUAUGUGUUGUUUUGUGUUCCACACAGUGUGGAGAUUAGCAACUCUAUGUGUAAAGUUUUGUAAUAAUAUAAAGAGAAGAUAUGGAAGAGUAAAGAUCCUACUUUCACCGUC